AUGUCUCUUCGAUUCAGUAUCAACUGCGAAAACGACUCUUCGGGUAAUGAGGCGGACUGCGAGUCUGAUUUCGAUCAUGAGUGCAUGUCUUCACAGAGGGUCCCAUCACGUCGCUGCAGUAUUGGCAAAGCGAUAAACAAGUUUCGCUCCGUAGCCAAGGAAGAAAAUGGAUUCAAUGCGGAUUCUUGUACAUCAGGAGCGAACGUGAGUGGUAAGAAGACCGUACACAAAAUGGUGGCCACAUUAAUUGAAUCGGCAAGAAGCACAAAAUUGCCAAGCACAAGUGAAGAGGAGGCUAUGAGCAAAAUGGGGGCCAGAUUAUUUACGGCAUCAGUUGCUUGUAAGAAACUGUCCGUCUCGAACGAUAAUUACUCGGACAGUUCGUGCUAUUCUUCUUGUUAUGAAUGUACAAAUGAGUCUAGUGUCACCGCGCAUUCAGAAACUGAAAUAGAUUCCGAAUCUGAGGGGCAACUGACACCGGAAGCCUUUUACAGUUUGGAGGCCUUGAAUUCAGAGUUUGUUGUAAAACUGCAGUCCAUAACUCCUGAAAAUGAAACAUCUGCUGCAUCCCUGAUGGAUAUGGACGGGGAAAUGGCUGAAUUCAUGUGCUGA